CAGCCUUUUGCUAAAAUCUCAUCUCUUGAGUCUUGUUUCGAUAAGUGCUAUGCUAUUGCUAAUUUAUCGAGUGCAAAAUGGGGAAAAAAUUGAGCAAUCAGUUAAUUUUAGCGAUUGUAUUCUUUAGUUUUGCCCUCCCAUGGGCUUCAUCCAACAUUUCUGAUCCUUAUUCGUUAAUUGGAGUGAGUAGAACGGCCAGUCAAAAGGAGAUUAAAAAAGCCUACAAAAAUCUCGCUCGGCAGUGGCAUCCGGACAAAAACAGGGAGGAAGGUGCUCAAGAAAAGUUCAUUCAGAUCCAACAGGCCUACGAGAUUCUGUCCAAUGAGGAGAAGAGGGCGGAGUACGAUCUGUAUGGUCAUGUGGACACCGGGAACCAGCCUCGCCGCCAGAACCGACACGACCCCUUCGCCGGUUUCCACUUUGCCGGGAGCCGGUUUGACGGAUUCCAGUUCCGCUACACCAAUCAGGGCUCGUCGGCCGGCUCGGAUCCCCGCCGGGUCACGCUGGAGAAGUUCGAGAACGGAAUCUUGCCGGAGAGCCAUCGCAAGCCGUUCUUGCUGUUUGUGACGGGUGACUGGUGCUUCAGCUGCGUCAGGGUAGAAGAGAUGUGGAACGAGGCCUUGCCUGAACUUGAGAAACUGGGCAUCGGCAUGGGAACGGUGUAUGGAGACUACAGUCGAAACUUGCUGAGGAAGCUUGGAGUCCACCAGUGGCCCUCUAUAGUUGGUAUUAUUGAAGGCAGGGUUGUCAUCUUCGACAAGAAUCACGUCAACACCGAGAAGCUGAAGGAGUUUGCGCAUGACCUCCUGCCAUCAUAUGUGAUCUUGAAGGUGACCGACGCAAACCAGGAGACGUUCUUCUCUGGUUGGCAUGACGACAAUCGUCCCCGCUCUCUCCUCUUCUCGCGUCGCUCCGCCCCUUCGCUCCUCUACCACCUCCUGGCCUUCAAGUAUCGGCGUCUGCACACCUUUGGUUUUGCCCAGAACCAGGGCGAAGACACGAUAGAACUCGUCUGGAAGUUUGACGUCUCGGCCCACGAACCCACCUUGCUCAUUUUUAAGGAGGACGACGAGGAAUAUGUGGACAAGAUUCAGUCUUCCAAGAUUGACACUUCCCUUCUAGAGGAUGCCGUCACCAGGAAUCAGUACCUCUUUGUUCCCCGGUUAACGUCUCAGCAGGUGUACGAGGACCUGUGCCCAGAAUCACCAGGGACGUACAGACGAAGGUUUUGUGUCAUCCUCAUCACCAAGAACCCGUCUGUCCACAAGGAGCACCGAGAUUUCUUCCGCCUGGUUGCCAAGACAACAGACUCCUUCCCAGGGGAAGCUAGACUGGUUCACCUGUACCAGGAGACACAGCAGGAGUUUGUCCGGGCGCUGGGCGACUUGGCCCGCUUCGAUUCCGACGGCGCGGUUCCCGUUGCUGUCCUUUGGCGGCAGAGCGGCAGAAAGGUGGCUUACGAUUGGCUGCCCGAGGGUUGGCAUGGCAACGAGCCUGAAAAAGACAAGAUAGGAUUGAGCUUUUUCCUCCAGCAAAUCGUGGACAAGAAGUUCAAGUUGGGCUUCGUGACCACUCUGCCGGAACUGAAAGAUGAAAAUGCACCACACUGGAUCCUGGAGCGGAUCUACAGUUUCCUGAAUCUGUUUUCGAAGCCUGGGAGCUACGUAAAGCAAGCCCUGCUCAGUGCAUGGAGUGAGUCUUCCAUUGCCGUCCUGGUAGUCCUGGCAUAUCUCGUGGCAUUUUUCUUAGCGUUUGCAGGGCUUCUAAAUGCGGGUGUUCCUACUGCACACAGCAAGGAGGCCAUGGAUCACCGAGCCAACGGUAGCAUGCCACAAGGAGAAGGUUAUGCUACGGAGGUCAGAGGUCGCUCACAACCAGACAGCUCCAAUCUUCGACUCAGAAGAAUCCACAUGCAGGAGUUGAAUGAGUCAACAUAUGAGAAAUUCCUGGCCAGCGGUCGACAAGGUCACAUAUUGUUGCUUCUCUUAACGGACCAGAACAGCAAAGACACACUAUGCCAGCUUUUCAAACAAGAAGCACACAUGCAUAUAGCAAGUCAGCCGUUCCUGGUACCAGUGUUCCUAAUGCUGGAUAAGUACAAGCACUGGCUGGCAAACCUCCGCUCACAAAGCGAAAAUCCUUCACCAUUCGCUUCGCCCAAUGGCGUGGGCACAGUGUUAGCGAUCCGUCCAUCCAAAAGUUACUACUUUGUCUUCAAGCCCAGACAAGGUCAGAGGUCAAGGAGACGGCGGGGCGAAAUAGAUAUCAGUUUUGUUGGUCUCAUGGACAGUUCCGACAGUGAAUCGGACGAGUUUUCAGAAUGCAUGUCGUUGGAUAGACUAGGCAUGUGGCUGGAUCGACUGCUGGAUGGGAGUCUACCAAAGGUCACCGUGAACUCGUGGCCAUCACUGGAAUAGAUGGGUCAGCGUCUUGAAAGAAGUCUACAGUGACUGACUGUGCAGAGUAAAUGCUGAUGUGAAAGCUGCUGUUUCAUCUCCAGCAAAGAGCAGGUCCCUCAACCUCGUCCUCAGUGCUUACUUUAUUUCCAACCUCGUUUCCAAUAGUAAGCCCUGGAUAGGAAACUUUCUUCCUGUAUCCUGAUUCGAUACCGCAAUUGGCUACUAAUGGAUUUAUAUCGU